AUGGGCAGCGACAACAAGCGUCUCCACGACGACGAAGACCACGGCAGUGAGCGUGCAGAAGGGGUCGACGUGCAGCCGCUGGAUGUGUUGUGCAUGGAGAACGUGCUGGAGUCCAUGGGGGUCGAUAGGUUUGAGCCGCGUGUCGUCGCGCAGCUGCUCGAGUUCGUGCACCGUUACGUGACGGAGGUUCUGGUGGAUGCCCAGGAGUAUUCCAUGUUUGCAGACAAGCAGACGAUUGAUCCUGACGACAUUCGGCUGGCAAUCGCUUCGAGGUUGAGCCACCACUACGCUCAAGCGCCACCUCGAGAGCUGACAAUGGAGCUGGCAGACAAACGCAAUAGUAUUUCGCUUCCGCCAAUUUCGAACGAAUACGGCGUCCGUCUUCCUCCGCUUCAGUAUCAACUGGUGACAAAGGAGAGCGACCGGCAAGAUCCGUUGCUAAACAAAAUGCCGAGCACGCCUCGUGUCGGAGACGCAACAGGAUCUGCAGCUGGAUUCCCAAACGCAGCUCGACCGCCCAUGCACCCGCGGAUGGAGGGCUCGCGCAACAAGAGGUUUGCCCGCAGCCCUCUGUCCAUUAAUAUUCAUCCCAGAAAGUAA